AUUUAAGACUACUCAAUUCUCUUACUGCCCUCUCUUGUUAUAAUUAUUUUAUUUCGCGGGAACUUUUGAGAAAUUUUCAAUAACAUUUUGACCCACUACCUCGAUCAAAACACGAUGAAGGUAGAGACUCCUGAGAUUUCAUGGCAUGGACGCGAUCCUGUCUACAGUGCUGACUUUCAACCUGGGAAACGUUCAUUAUGCAGGAUAGCAACUGCCAGUACAGACACAAAUGUUUUGGUAUGGUAUGUGAGUGUUGAUAAUGAUGGCAAGGCACAACCCACCUUCGCUGCUAGUCUCUCCCGCCAUACCAAAGCAGUUAAUGUGGUCAGGUUCUCACCAGAUGGAGAAACCUUAGCAUCAGGGGCAGACGAUGGGUUGAUAAUCCUUUGGAAGCUGCAGGAGAUUGGUUAUGUAGCAGCAGCCUUCGGCAAAGAAGAUGAAGAUUGUAAGGAGACAUGGGCUACACUCAAGACUCUCAGGGGUCAUCUUGAGGAUGUUUAUGAUAUCUCCUGGUCAUCUGAUGGAUCUAGAAUGAUCUCAGGUUCGGUGGAUAACAGUGCUAUCAUCUGGGAUACACAGAAAGGAGAGAAGCUGUUUCUUCUGAAGGAUCACAGGAGUUUUGUUCAAGGAGUAGCUUGGGAUCCCAAGGACAGAUUCUGUGCCACCAUCAGCUGUGAUAGAUCAAUGAGAGUGUAUAAUCUGAGCAACAAUCGAUGCAUUCAUCAUGUCAACAAGCUGACCUUGGCAGCAGCCGGUAAUAAUGGAGAGGGUGUGACGAAGCAGUAUCGUAUGUUCCAUGAUGACACGAUGAAGUCCUUCUUCAGACGGCUCGCGUUCAGUCCUGAUGGUGAGCUGCUCAUUGUCCCUGCUGGUAUCCUGGAGAUAGGAGACAGUGUACUCAACACAACAUAUGUAUUCUCUACUUCAUCCUUCUCAAAGCCUGUACUACACUUGCCAUGUCCCACCAAGGCCACCAUAGCUGUUAAGUGUUGCCCAGUGUUGUUUGAGUUCAGACAGGAAUCAAGCGACGCGGAUUCUACCACAGCAACGCCGGAAAAGAAAUCAGAGAGUACACAGCAGAAAGCUGAGCAAAAAGAUGAACCAAUGGAAACCGAUGCUGCGGCUCCAAACACAUCUCCUGAGUCCAAGGAAGAAGGGCAAGAGAAGUCAGAUUCUAGUAAAGAGGUCCAAGAUAAAUCAGCUAGCUCCCCCUCAAAGCCUGAGACCAAGCCUGAGACCAAGGACCAAGCUACACAGCUAUUUGACUUGCCUUACCGUAUGGUGUUUGCCGUAGCAACUGAAGACUCUCUGCUCCUGUAUGACACCCAGCAGAGCAUUCCAUUUGGUCUCAUCUCAAACAUCCACUACCAUCAGCUUAGUGAUGUCACAUGGUCAUCUGAUGGCAGGAUAUUGGCCGUCUCAUCGACGGAUGGCUACUGCUCCUUUGUGACCUUUGAAGCUGGUGAACUGGGCGUUCCCUACGUCUCUCAACCUGUCCCUACCUCUGCACCUAACCCUGCUGCACCUAGCGCUACCAAGUCUUCCCCCUCACCCACUCCUGCAGUGUCUAUUCAGACAUUGGCCAAUCAGAAUGCAGGGAUUUCAAAAUCACCCAAUCAAAAUACAGGAAUUUCAAAAUCGCCCAAUCAGCAGUCUGUAUCUACUGGUGUAGCAGCAGGUGGUCCAGCCUCUAUAACUGUCAAGCCUGUUGGAGGAAAUAGAGUGAAGGAAGCUAAGAGGAUCACCCCUGUCAUGAUAUCAGGACCACCAGGAUCAGGGCCAGCGCCAAGGAGAAUCCAGCUGACUACAUUGUCCUCGCCACCGUCCAAUCAACCCACAAACUCUUCAUCCUCACCAUCCUCCUCCUCCUCCUCCUCUACACAUCAAACAUCCAAAGAAGAUCAUGCAUCAUCAUCAUCAUCUAGUAGCAUCCAGACCACAUCCACACCUAGUAACCAGACCACAGCCACACCUAGUAACCAGAGUCCAUCUCAGAACGGUGGUUCUCCUGUAACCGCCAAAGACACGGUACCCAAUGAAGCCAUCGAAGAAGAAGAAGAGGAAGAUGAUAAUGAGAAUGAAGACGUGAUUGACUUGACGGCGGAGAGUGAUAGCGAUGAAGCUGAUGAGAUGGAGGUGAAAGAGGAGGACAUUCAGGUGGUUCCUAUGAAGAAGGUUCAGAUGCCUCAAAAGCCUGUGGCUCCUGCUCCUAGGAGGAUGACGACCAUCAAGCUUCUCAGUGAUUGAUAUACCGGGAGGAAUGACGACGUCGAGAAUGAGUUCCAGUGAACUCUGAUCCCUGUAAUGAAGUGACUUUAUAUACAGUCAAACCUGCUUCGGUGACCACCUGUCUACAAGGACCA